AUGAUAAAAAAUAAUAAUUCAACAAUAAUGAAUGGAAAUAAUCAUACUAGUGAACAUAUGAUUACAUUAAAUAUACAUAUUCCACAUGAUAAUAUUGUUCAUUCAAUGCAAUUUGAUGUUCAAAUGUUAAUUAGUGAUAUAUGUUAUAAUAUUCAACAACAUUUACUAAUGACAAUUGAUCAUGAUCCAUCAGAAUAUGGGCUUUUUAUUAAUGAUACUCAACAGUCAUCGAGAAGCUAUUGGCUUGAUCCAACAAAGACUUUGAAUUAUUAUGUUUUAAAAAAUGAAGAUCAUGUUGAAUAUAAGAAUCGAUAUUGUCCACUUAAAAUUCGUUUACUUGAUGGUACUGUUAAAACAAUUCUUAUUGAUGAUUCAUUAAUUGUUGCACAAUUAAUGGUUUAUAUAUGUACGAAAUUUGGUAUUGCUAAUUAUGAUGAAUAUUCAUUAGUUUAUGAUCUUGAUUCUUAUGAUUGUAUUAAUACUACAAAAACAGCAACUCUUCUUCGAGAUCGAUCAUUACAACGAACAGAUAAAAAAAUGGAAGAAUUACGAAAAAAAUGUCAUACAGAUGAUGAUACUUUAUGGCUUGAUCAAUCAAAAACGCUUCGUCAACAGAAUAUAGAUGAACACAAUACUGUCGUUUUACGACGAAAAUAUUUUUUUUCUGAUACUAAUAUUGAUCAACGUGAUCCUGUACAACUUAAUUUACUCUAUGUUCAAUGUCGAAAUGCAAUUAUCGAUGGAACACAUCCAGUAACUUAUGAUGAAGCUAUUCAAUUUUCUGGUUUACAAUGUCAAAUACAAUUUGGAGAUCAUGAAGAAUCAAAACAUAAACCAGGAAUUAUUGAUAUACGAGAUUUUUUACCAAAAGAAUAUGCAAAAUCAAAAAAUGUUGAAAAAAAAAUUUUCUUAGAACAUAAAAAACAUAUUGGUAUAUCCGAACUCGAUGGAAAAGCUAAAUAUACACAAUUAUGUCGUUCAUUACGAACUUAUGGUGUUACAUUUUUUCUUGUAAAAGAAAAAAUGUCUGGGAAAAAUAAACUUGUACCACGUCUUCUUGGUGUUACUAAAGAAUCAAUUGUUCGUGUUGAUGAAAGAACAAAAGAUUUUAUUCAAGUAUGGCCAUUGACACAUGUUAAACGAUGGACAGCAUCACCAAAUACAUUUACACUUGAUUUUGGUGAUUAUGCAAGUGCUUAUUAUUCAGUGCAAACAAAUGAAGGUCAACAAAUAUCACAAUUAAUUGCUGGUUAUAUUGAUAUUGUUUUAAAAAAGAGAAAAGAUCGAGAAGAUAAAACAGUUGGAGAUAAUAUUAUUGAUGAAGAAGCAACUAUGAUUGAAGAUAUUAUUGCACCUGGAAAAGCAACAAUUAUUGAACCAAAUCGUCCAGCAUUUGAUCAUGUACAUCAAAAAAAUGUUUAUUCAGCACCAUUACUUCGUGGAACAUUUUCAGAUAGUGCAAACCAUUCUGAUGAUCAUCAUCAACAACAACAACUAAAACAACAACAACAAGAUUAUAUUCCUUCACAAAUUCAUGAACAACCAAAAUUAUUAUCUAAUAAUCAUCAUAGUAAUGAUAGUAUAAUGCUUUUUUCAACAAUUGAAAAUGCUCGAAAUAUUAUUAAUACAGUUCAAACACAAUUAGCACGUGAAUUACAAAUAGAACAUACUCAACAAACUCAAUCAUUAUCAUCUAUGAUGGAUCAUCAACAUCAAUAUUCAAUUGAAAAUCGUCUUGAUGUAAGUCGUCAAUUAUUAGCUAAUAAAUUAUCAAUAAUAAAUGCUUCAACAGCACAUAUUAUUAUUUUAACAUCUGAUAUAAAUAAUAAUCAUCGUCGAAAUUAUAUUGAUUAUAAUCAUUCUUUAAAUACAGCUAUAACAACAAUAACAGAUAAUAUAAAUGAAUUUUCUAAAGAAAUAAAUAUUUAUAUGAAUAUAAUUAAUGAUAAAACAAAUUUAUUUGAUCAAAUACAUCGUUUAUGUAUAACAUUUAAUGAUUUAUUAAUAUGUAUAAAAACAUUAUUUGAAAAUAAUUAUGAUUCAACAACAAGACAAAAUGUUCUUUUAACAGCAAGUCAUCUUGGUGAAAUUAAUCAAGAUCUUAUUCGAUAUUUAACAAAUAAUUUUAAUUAUUCAAUUGAAUAUCAAGAUAAAUUAUUAUCAUUAUCAAAAUCUGUUGCUAAUACAACAGCAUUAUAUAUACUUAAAGCAAAAGAUAUUGCAAGUAAUAUACAAGAACAACAAAUUGUUAAUGAAAUUAUUUCAACGGCUACACAAUGUGCAUUAGCUACAUCACAAUUAGUUGCUUGUACUAAAGUUGUUGCAGCCACAAUGUCAAGUCCUUUAUGUCAAGAACAAUUAAUUGAAUCAGCUCGUAAUGUAACACGUUCAAUAGAAGCUGUUCUUCAAUCAUGUUUACCACCUAUUAUUAUUGAAUCAUCAUAUUCUGAAUUACAAGAAGCUGGACGAACAGUUCGUAAAGCUCUCAAUGAAUUUUUACUUCAUAUUAAAUUAGUAACAGAUAAUAUAGCAACAAGUUCAGAUAGAAUAUUUUCUCCUAUUACAAAUGGACAAACAAAAUCUUUAACACAUCGAAUGAUAUUACAUGAUGAAAUUGAAGAAAUUGAUGAAGAAAAUGAAGAAAAAUAUCAUGAUGAAUCAAUUGAUCAAAUAUUAAUUGCAAGUGAUCGUCUUUUUUCAUCUGUUGGUGAUACAUCUGAAAUGGUUAAACAAGCAAAAAUUUUAGCACAAUCAACUGCACAACUUGUUUCAUCAUUAAGACAACAAGCUGAAUCUGUUGAUGAUGAUACAAAUCAACAAAAAAAAAUUUUAUCAACUGCUAAAAUGCUUGCUGAUGCAACAGCAAAAAUGGUUGAAUCAGCUAAAUAUUGUGCAACAAAACCAAAUGAUACACAACUUCAAUAUCAAUUAAAAAAAUCUGUUGAAGAACUUCGUUUAGCAACAAAUAUGGCAACAAGUAAUCAUAUUAAACGUAAAAUAUUUAAACGUGUUGAACAAUGUGCAAAAUAUUGUGCAUCAUAUGCAACACAAUGUAUUGCUGCAACAUCAAAUUCAAUUAUAAUACAUAAACAUCAUCAAUCAUAUCAAGAACUUAUUCAACAAUGUAAAAUUAUUGCUGAUCUUAUACCAAAAAUUGUUCAAUGUAUUCGUUCAAGUAUAAUUAAACCAGAUUCAUAUGCAUAUCAAUAUAAUUUAUGUUAUACAUGUGAAGAUUUUCUUAAUCCAGCAAUACAUUUAACUAAUCUUAUUAAAAAUAUUGUAUCAAAUAUUCAUGAUCAAUCUCAAGUACUUCAUUUAAAUAAUAGUUCAAAACAAUUAAUUCAAGGUUUAAAUGAUCUACGUGUUUGUCUUAAUCGAGCAAAAGAAUUAUGUAAUUCAAUAUCAUUAGAUAUUGAAUCAAUUAUUGAAACAAUUAAAUUAUUUGAAAUAGAAUUAAAAGAUAUAAAACGACAAGUAAAUGAUGGAAAUUUAAAAAUUAAAUGUGAUGAAACGAUCGAUGUAUAUUCAUCACAAUUUACUACAAUUUGUAAACAAUUAAAUUCAAUCAUAUUUCAACUAAUCAAUGCUGUUAAUCAAAACGAUGAAAAAACUAUCGAACUUUCUAUACAUGAUAUUCUUCAAAAUCUUCGAAUAUUAAUUAUUUGUACACGUAAUAUAAUAGCAAUAUCAAAUGAUCAUCAAAUUCAAGAAACAAUUAUUGAACGUUUAUAUGAUAUACUUCAACGUUUUAUUCAUUUUAUAUGUGAAUCUAAAAAAACUAUACAAACAUCAAAUGAACAAAAUAGAUUAUCUAAUAUAGGACAUGAUCUUUCAUUAACAUUAAAUUCUUGUUUAUCUAAUAUAAUAUCUCAACGUUAUUUUAAUGAAGCUAUUAAACAAAUGUCUGAAUAUGUUUAUACAUUAGCUGGUCCAUAUGAUCGAAAACUUUCUCUAACAUCAAUUAAUUCUGAUGAUAUAAGUCGUUCAGCAGCUAUUCUUAAUCAAGCAACACAUGAUUUAGUUAUAAGUACACAUACAGGUGUUACACAAGAUUUAGCUAAAACAUCAAUACAUUUUAGUCGUGCAUUUGGAGAUUUUAUUGAUAAUGGUAUUGAUUUUGUAAAUCAUCAACAAGAAGAUGAAAAACGAUCACGUUUAAUAAUAUCAUUAAAAAAUGUUCAUACAUCAUCAAAUCAAUUAUUAGAACGUGCUAAAUCAAUAUCUAUGGAACCAAUUACAAUAAAUGAAAAUGAUAUAAAACAUCAAUUAGCUAAUGCAGCAAGAGCAGUUACUGAAACUAUAAAUGAUGUUAUAACAGCAUGUCUAGUACCAAAAUCAGCAAUAAGUAUUGAACAUAUUGAAUGUGAUAAUGCUAUACGAGAAAUUGAAACAUCGAAAAAUUUAUUACAACAAUCUGUUUUACAACCAUGUGCUAAUUAUACAUAUUUCGAAGCAUUAGAUAGUGUUGUAGAAAAUUCUAAACGUUUAGGUGAAGCUAUGACACAUAUUGCUAGUGCAUCAAAAAAUACAAAUCAUCAAUUAUUUAUACAAGCUGUUCAUGAUGCAUCAAAAGCUGUUUGUCGUUUAGUUGAAUCAUCAGCUCAAGCAAGUUAUCUUGUUGGUAUAUCAGAAGUAACAUCAACAAAAGAAACGGAAGCUAUUGUUGAUCAAUUAUUAUUCAAUCGAUUUGUUACAGCUAUUCGACAUGCAUGUUCAGAUUUAUCAAAUCCAUCAAUUGAUCAAAAUGAUAUUUUAACAUUAGCAGCAACUAUUGCUAAAAAUACAUCAGCUCUAUGUAAUGUUUCACGUGAAGCAUCAUCAAAUACAAAUAAUCCAAUGUCUCGACGACAUUUUGUACAAUCAGCUAAAGAUGUAGCAAAUGCAACAGCUGAACUUGUUCGAACAAUUAAAAUAUUGGAUAGUUCAUAUACACAAGAAAAUCAUCGACAUUGUAUUGAAACAAGUCGUCCAUUAAUUCAAGCUAUUGAUGAACUUUAUACAUUUGCUAUGUCGAAAGAAUUUGCAAGUACACCACCAACGAUUAGUUCUGCUGGACGUCAAUUACAAGAACCAAUUUUAUUAGCUGCUAGAAAUGUUGUUGAUGGUGCAUGUCGUAUUAUUGAAUGUUCAAAAGCAUUAAUAAUUAAUGCAAAAGAUGCAUCAUUAUGGCAACAACUUGCUACACAUACAAAGACUGUAUCAGAAGCAAUUAAACGUUUAGCAACAUGUGUUAAAGAAAUGACACCUGGACAACAAGAAUGUGAACGAGCUGUUGAAGAACUUCGAAAACUUUUUCAAGAAGUUGAUAAAGCUAUUAUAAAUGUCGAUUCAUUACGUAAAGGAGAUAAAUCUCUUCAGUUUCAUCAAGAACAAAUUUCAUCAAGUUCACAUUUUCUAACUGAACUCAUUAAUAAUAUUCGUCAAUCAUCAAAAUGUGAACCUGAAUGUAUUAGUUCAUAUGUAUCUCAAUUUAUAACAUAUUUAGAACCAUUUAUUCAUCAUACAAUUAAUUAUGUAUCAUAUAUAAUAUAUAGACAUGAAAAAAUUCUUUUAUUAGAACAAAUAAAAUCACUUGUUGAAACAAGUUUACAAUUAAUUUUAAGUACAAAAGAAUCAAGUGGAAAUAUAAAAAAUUUACAAUGGCAUAAAAUAGUUGAUAAUAAUAGUGAUUUAUUAAUAAAAUUAAUAUAUAAAUUAAUUCAUAUAUUUGAUGAACAAACAUCAACAAUUGGUAUAAUGAAUGGUUUAUGUGAAAAUAUACAUAAAUUAAUUUUAACAUUAGAUACAACAAAAUUAACACAUCAAGGUUAUUUUAUUGAUUAUCAAAUUCGUAUGAUUGAAAUAUUACAACAAAUGAUUAUAACAAUUGAACAAAUAAAUAAUUCUGAUAAUAUUCGUUAUUUAGCUAAUCAAUUAACACGACAAUAUAAUGAAUUAAUAAAUAUUACAUAUGGUGCUAUUGGUACAGCAAAUACAAAUGAUUUAUCAAUACAUAUUAAAAAUAUAGUUCAAGAUUUAGGUUUAAUAUCAAUUGAAUUAAUUGAUAAAUUAGGACAAAAUAAUAUAAAAAAUGAUUUAAAUAUUUUAUGUCAAAAAAUUAUUGAAAAAAUUUCUUAUGUUGUAACUGUUUUACAAGAAAGUGUACAUGGUAUACAAGCUUGUAUUAAUGCUUCAAGUACGAUUAAUACUAUUAUCACAGAUUUAGAUACAAGAAUUUUAUUUACUACGUCGGGUACUUUAAAUUCUGAACAUGUCAAUGAAACUUUUUCGGAUCAUCGUGAAGCUAUUUUAAAAACAGCUAAAAUACUUGUUGAAGAUACAAAAACAUUAGUUGCUGGUGCAGCAUCAUCACAAGAACAAUUAGCAACAGCAGCUCAAGCAGCUGUACGAACAAUCACUAAGCUAGGUGCAGUUGUUAAAUUAGGUGCAUUAUCAUUAGGUAAUAAUAAUAGUGAAGCACAAAUUAUGCUUAUCAAUAGUGUUAAAGAUGUUGCCUUAGCAUUAAAUAAUUUAAUAAAUGUAACAAAAACAGCUAGUGGAAAAAAUAUUACUGAUCCUGAAAUGCAAAAAUUAAAAGAAAGUGCAAAAGUUAUGGUAACUAAAGUAACAUCAUUAUUACGUACAGUUAAAAUGGUUGAAGAUAAAUCACAACAUGAAAUACAUAUACUUGAAAGUACAAUUGAAUCAAUUACACAAGAACUUCAAAUUUUUAAUAAUGGACAAUUACCAACAAGUCGAACAACACCCGAAGAAUUAAUUCAUGUAACAAAACAAAUUACAAUAGCAACAUCAAAAGUUCUAUCAGCUGGACAAUCAUGUCAACAAGAUGAUAUUAUAGAUGCAGUUAAUUUUGGUCGUAAAUCAAUAAUUGAUCUUUUAAUUAUUUGUAAAUCAAUUAUUUAUUUAAUUGAUGAUAAAUAUUUACAACAACGUACAUUAGAUAAUGGUCGAAUAUGUGUUCAAAAUUAUAAAGAAUUAUUAGAAACAAUUCAAAUAUUAAUUCAAAAUCCAUCAAAUGAAAUUAAACAAAAAUUAUUUAAUUAUUCAAAAAUAAUUAUACAAUCAACACAAGAACUUGUUCAAUGUGCAGAAAAACUUAAAAGUAUUGAUUUGAUUGAUUCUGAUGAUCCAAGUUAUAAAGCCGAAUAUGAAUUAUUUAAUGCUGCUCAAUCUAUUGAAUCAGCAGCAAAGAAAUUAUCUUCUCUUAAACCACGUCAAAAAAUUAAAGAAAUCAAUGAAAAUCUUAAUUUUGAUGAACAAAUUCUUGAUGCAGCUAAAUCUAUAAUGAAUGCAACUAGUGAAUUAAUUGCAGCAGCAACAUCAGCUCAAAAAGAACUUGUUGAUCAAGGAAAACUUUCAUCUAAAUUGAAUUCUGAUAUAAAUGGUCAAUGGUCUCAAGGUUUAAUAUCAGCAGCACGUUAUGUUGCAUCAGCAUGUCAUGUUUUAUGUGAUGCUGCUAAUGAAUUUGUUCAAGGUAAUGGUACUGAAGAAAAAUUAAUAUCAAGUGCAAAACAAGUUAGUUCAAAUACAGCAGCAUUACUUGUUGCUUGUAAGGUUAAAGCUGAUUUUAUGAGUCAAACAAUGACACGUUUACAAAAUGCUAGUAAUGCUGUUAAACGUACAGCUGAUAUACUUGUACGAACUGCACAACAAACUAUUGAUAUGCAACAAGAAGAAAAACAUAUUGAAGUUUCAAAACGUUUAGUAUCAGGUAUUGCACAAGAAAUUAAAUGUAAAGAAGUUAUUUUAACAAAAGAACGUGAAUUAGAUCAAGCACGAAAUCGUCUUAAAGCAAUACGUUUAGCUAAAUAUGGUCAUAAUGGACAAGAAUCAAAUGACAGUACAUAA